GUAAGUACCUCGGCACAGACCAUGAGCAUGCGGGUGACGAUGGACAGUUGACUGUGGGCUGUUAUACUAAGGAUUCCGAGGAAAGUAACGAGCUGAUUGCAUGGUGCGGGGCUGAGAGAAAGGUAAAGAAGGCAAAGGUGGAACAAUUCGAGGGCAGUCUGUCCCAAAUAGAGGAGGCGCAGGCCAAGAAAAACCAGAGUUUUACAGGGCUCAAUGGAGAGGUCAUCACAUUCCAGGGUGAUAAGCAGGAGCUGAAAGAUGCGAGGAAGAAGGGGACACUGAACGAAGCCCUGCUGAAUCGACGCUCGAAGGUGAAGGCCGAUCGCUACUGCAAAUAA